UUCAGUGCGAUUUGCAAGCAUAGAGAGUGCACUUUCGCUUACCGAUAUAGUUGAUACGUUUUGCGUGCUAGGCAAUAUUCCGAAACGAAUUUCUUUGGUUUUGGAUAUGUUAACUUGAAGCGGACACAUUUUUCUUUGAAUAAGUGUAUUGGCAGUGAAAAUGAAAGCCACAGAUAUUUUUGUUAUGCUUUUCUUGGUACAAAUAGCAGCGGCGAAACCAUUCCUGGAAAAUGUACUGAUUCAAGUAGCUCACUCCUUAUCAUCUUCCAUGCCUAACGAUCCAAAUUCCCACGUGAGCGACUUUCGCACCCAGCCGCGGGCGGAUUCGCGAUUCGAAAAUUAUGAAGUUGAUCCCGUGGAAGAUAACAAAAAUAGCACUGCCACCGAUGAACGCGAAGACGAAUCGCCACCGGCUUCUUCAACGGGAAUCCUUUUCAAUGGAACAGGAUUUCGGUUAUUUCCGUGGCUGAGAAGCAACGACAAUAGCACCGAGACGUAUUCCGAUAUAAUUGGCAAUAUAAUUGGAUCAGCACGUAAACGGAUCACGACUGCCUUUCAGCGGCUUUUAUCUCCUUUGCGACGACAUCGACAACAGUUCCAUAGUCAACCGGAGGUAGAACCGCAGACACAUGCAAACGAUGCCCCAAGUGAAAGCUUAAUGGAUUCACUUAAACAGAACGAUACAAGCAGCUUAGCUGGAGCGACCGGCGUUCAAGAUGCGUUCAAAUUAUUUUCCAAUACAAGUGAGACUGUGCCCCCUGAGCAAAUUGAUCACGAUAAAUCAGCCAACAUACCGAAGGAACACUCAUCGGAUUCAGUUUAUCAGACGACGACGGGAAAUAAAAACAAUGACCAAGUUGAAACUAGCUCCGAAUUUGUGGGAUUAGCAAUGCCUAUUGAGGAGUCAAACCAGCCAAAAGUAUCAUUCCAUCUCGACAGCGAUUAUGCUUUCGAAGCAAAUGAGUCCGACAUUAUUGGUCCUAUUCAGCCAGAAAAAGGGUUUCUAGCGAAAAGAUUAGAACAUAUUUCCAAAAGGCUAAAUGAGACUCGCAAUCAAUUUCGAGCUAGAACAAUACAGGCCGUCUCUUCAUUAGUUCCUCUCGUACAGCUCGUCGCCGAGCGUAGGAGAAGAGGUCGCAAAACCGUCAAUUCAUUGGAAACAAAAACGACAAGCGGCGGAACGGUGCUGCCUGAAAAUUAUGGCACAGCAAAAAAUAAUGAAGAAAAUAAUUUUCCUUUACCGCCGCAUUUAUCUCGUCUGUCGAGUAAUUUAUUGGCUCUGCAUCCAAGAAGUAAGGAACGGCGAGCUGCACUGGUGUUUCAAAACGCAUUCAACAACUAUGCUCAACUAGUAAUUAAUGGUCGAAACGCAUCUACAGGCGAUGGAAAUUCAAUCUCGAACACGAUUGAACAAAAAGACGGAAAUGACAAUUAUUCUAUCGGCGAGGAUGCGGGUUAUAGUGCCAACAGUGCUACAGGCGAGAAUGGCAACGAGGACGACCACGGCGACGACGACGACGACGACAACGAGGAGAACGAUGACGAUGACAACGAUGAGUAUGGAAACAAGGACGACAUUGGAAUCGCCGGUGCCGGUACUGCCGCCGCCGGGGAGGAAGUCAUUGAUAACAACGUCUCUAGCCGUGCGAGCCGUAUUUCAGCCACCGAACGAAUGAACAUGCAAAGCAUAGCGACGGUCGGAAUAUUAAUUCUUGAAGUGUUCGGUUCAAUAGCGGGCUUAACCUGGGGUGCAUUCAACCAACUACAAUUGCUAUUUCCAUAGCGGCUUGAAUGCCAUUGUGUCGUGUCUUCGAAGAAGGAUUUGAUCAAUGUAAUGCGUAAUACUUUGCAUUAGGUUGUGCUUCGUGGUAUCAUGAUCGAACGUAAUAAAGACUGUUUGAUAAUUUCUGAUGAAAAUAUUGUUGUAAAUACAGAAGUUUUAGUUUUAAAAAUAAAGUACAACGAGUUUGUUUUAUUAUUAUCGUUUUUAUAAA